GUGACAUUGACUUUUGACAGUUGACAGAUAAAACAGCCUUCGUGUCGUACUGUGUAUUUAUUUAUUUACAUGUAAGAAAACAUAAUUUCUUUGCUUUUAUUACUCGCUUAGUGUGUCGGUGGAGGGAGUUCGGAGUUGCGUGUAAUAUCAUUGAAAAACUACGUCAACAACUCAGUUCUCUUUUAGAUGUUGGACUGUUGAGUCCCGUGUUGUCGCAUAAACGUAUUGCUUCUAGUUAAUGUAUAUAAUUUUUAGUUUAGUUUUGUAAUCGUACACAUCCAUCAAAAUGAAUCGAAAAUUUUUAAACGUUAUAAUCCUCGGAUUUGGAUUUAUGUUCGUCUUCACUGCUUUUCAAACUAUGGGAAAUAUAGAGAAAACAGUGCUAGACAGCAUAUCCCACGAUGAUCCGGAGUUCACGGGCGAUGGCUAUACGUCACUGGCCAUCAUUUACGCGACACUGGCCAUCUGCAACUGGAUGGCGCCUUCCAUCAUCACGAUUACUGGCCCAAGAGGCGCCAUGUUUAUUGGAGGACUUACGUACUUGUUUUUCAUCGUGACUUUCUUGUUCCCUCGCACUUGGUUGCUGUACGUGGCAAGCGUGCUGAUCGGCGCGGGCGCCGCUGCGAUAUGGACCGGCCAGGGUAACUACCUGACUCUCAACAGUGAUGCCGAUACCAUAUCUAGGAACUCUGGAGUCUUUUGGGCUAUGUUGCAGUGCAGCAUGUUUUUCGGCAAUUUGUUCGUGUUCAUAAAGUUCCAAGGCAAGACUCAAAUUGAUGUGGAGACUAGAAAUGUGGUGUUUGGCGCUUUGACGGGAGUGUGCGCCGUCGGCUUAGUUUUCCUCAUGCUGCUUAGACCUGCUAAGCGUAUGCCCAAUAUUGAAGAUGCCAAGGGAGAAAUUGUGACACAUGACGUUCAGGACAGCCCUCUGGAUGCGUUCAAAGGUGCUCUGAGGCUGUUUUGUACCCGGGAUAUGUUGUUACUGAGCGUCACCUUCAUAUAUACCGGUGUUGAGCUGUCAUUCUUCAGUGGUGUCUACAGUCCUAGUAUCGGAUUCACUCUGUCUAUGGGCGAGAAUGCAAAGCAACUGGUGGGCUUGUCAGGCGUCUUCAUUGGUAUGGGAGAAGUGCUCGGUGGUGCUCUAUUCGGUAUCCUUGGAUCCAAAACGACUCGCUGGGGCCGCGAUCCCAUCGUCAUCAUGGGCUAUUUCAUCCACCUGGGCAGUUUCUUCCUCAUCUUCAUCAACCUACCCACCGUGGCGCCCUUCGGAGACACAAACGAAGUCUCCUACAUAACCCCAUCUCCACAGCUAGCGAUGUUCUGCAGUUUCCUGCUCGGCUUCGGCGAUGCGUGUUUCAAUACUCAAAUAUACUCGAUCCUGGGAGGCAAUUACUCGGAUAACAGUACCUCGGCGUUCGCUCUCUUCAAGUUUACUCAGUCACUGGCAGCAGCGGCAUGCUUCUUCUACUCAUCAAAGGCGCUCCUGUCGGUACAACUACUGAUCCUCGGCGUGCUCGCGUCAGUGGGCACGGCGUGCUUCUGCCGCGUGGAGUGGGCGAGCCGCGCCCGCGCACGCGCACUCGCGCUCGACGUCGACGACAAGGCCUCGCCCACCACGCACGCGCUCGCCGACAACGCGCUACAUUACGACUGAACUACGCCGUAGCUGAGACUUGACUACGCCGUAGCACCGACUUACUGGUUUUAGAAACAGGGCUUACUCCGAAAAUUUGGAACUUGGGACAUCUGUGAUUUUGUGGCAUUUUUUUGUCGUUUGAUUAGAAUCAAACACUGCUACUUAUAACGCAUCAAGUAUGGAUGCACUUUAAGUGUUGUACAUUAUGUAAGAUAUGGGCAAAGCCUUAUACAACCUUAAUUUGCGUCCUGCUUUAAGAGGUGUGUGUGUGAUGAGUUCGACUCGAAUAAAUUCAGCAUUUUAUAAUUAUCUAAUAAGAAUAUUCAUCAUCAAUAUCCUACAGUAAACUAAAAAGUAGUAAAUCCUUGGUGUCUAAAAUUAUUAAUAUUCCGGCGUGUGUAAUAUUGUGUGAUGGCAAAAGGCCAGCCCGAGGCAGCCUGAACUGAAGAAGUGUAUAUAGAAGUGAAGCUUAGAAUAAGGAAAUAUAAUAAUAAAAAAUAUCAACCGUAAACAACACAUCUCUAAAGUAUGAUAAUGUGUAUGUAGAUCUCCGUUAUCAAAUAUUAUAAUCGGCGAUGCGCUUGCGACUUAACUUUAGUCAAGCGCAAGCGCAGUGGCGAUAUAAAUGUCGUACACACGUAGUUCUUAAAAUUAAUCGAUAAGUAUUGAAAUUAACUAUUUUCUUGAAUAAAAUUCGAAUUGUAUUUGAUAUAAAAAUCUUCUUUAUUUCAUAUUGAAGUAUUAUUACUGAAUGUAUUUUAUUUAAGGACUCUAUGUGUGGAUACAGUUCAGUAUAAACUUAACUAAAAAAAAAUCUGUAAAGUUGGGUAUGAAUUACGAGAAAUACCAAUUUUGGCUGUGUCAUGCUCAUCUGUAUAGGCUAAUUAAAAUUUGACAAUCCUUGCACAUACAAAAAAAAAACGUGUUUUUCACUCAAAACCCAUGCCCAUGGUGUAUCCAUAAUAUAGAAUAUAAGCAAAAUAUAGCCAGCUUUAAAGUGAAAGGUAACACAUUGAAUGAAACAGGGAAUUAUUUAUUAAUUUGUAUCCAAAAUAUUUCUAUACUUCAUAAUAUGAUUUCAUCAAUCAUUUUGUGAUUCGAUCAUAUUUAUAUGUGUAUGAUAUUAUUAAUGUAUGAAAGGCAGGGUGGUGCUCUACUCAUAUUCUUGAGUGUAAAAAGUGUAAAAUAUUUUUGUAUAGAAAGUAAUAUAUUUCAUUAUGUAGAUAAAAUAGGACUUCUAGUCACAAAACUCGAGGUUUUCAAAUGAAAUCAUGGAAUUCAAAUCUUUAUACACAUCCAAACAUUCCUUGUUUAUUAUUGUUUUGUCAAGUGAAUUUGUAGAUGGUAUGUUAAUUUAAUAUUACAUCUGUUAUUUCUUUGUUUUCAAGCUUUUAAUGUAACAUUCCUUAACUUCUAAUCCCAAAAUUAAAUCUAAUCCCUAAACGUAGAAGUGCAAAGUGCAUCAACACUUGCAAUGGCUCAAAUCUAACAGCAAAAUAUAUAAAUGUAAAUAAAAACUACCCAUGAAUUAGUUGCAGUCAAAAACAAUUGUGCUCUUUUUACUGUCUGUCUAGUCUUAUAAUCCAAUUCUAAAACUCCAGUUGACUGUACUUUUAAGCAAUUGAUGUAAAAUAAAAAUAUUUUAAUAACA